AUGAACGCCAACAGUUUCUGGGGCACGAUAGACCAGCUGCUUGGGCGGGAGGUUCAGAAGCAGAGUGGCCAGGACUCGUUGAAGGUGGCCGGAUGGCUGACAGCCUACGCUGGUGUUCGCAAAACAGUUGGCCAAGGGGACGACAGCAAUGGAUUCAAUAACGACGGCUUCAACGGACUCUCGGAACGGACUUCAAGCUUACCAUCGAUUUUCCCCUCCGGCGAUCAGCUGAUUCGUCCGGAUCCGGACGAUCUCAACGGCGACCCGACAGGACUGACGGCGACUGGUGGAGCGAAUGGGGGGCGCCGCCGAAGAGGGCGGUUCCGAAAGUCCAAGCUCAAGCAACUGUACGAUGUGGAGGUGCUGCCGGUGGAGUACCUAGGACCAAAAAUCGAGUACAGUGUGAAUCUUCCCCGAGUGACCGCACAACUGGAGAAGUUAAUGGGCACGAAUGUAGUUCGGCUGACGGACCGCAAGUACAUGCAGGAGCUGCAGCGACGCAUCCAGGAGGACUACAAUGUUACGCUCGAGAAGCGGAUCACGGAGCGCGAGAAUCGAGAAUGGCAACGCCAGAAACAGUUGAUCCUGGACGGAAGGUAUUGCCUUGAGAACUGUCCCAAGUCCCUGGUUCCGCUCCAUAGCAUUGUGUUGACCAAAGAGCUGGAGCGAGAGCGCAAUCUGAUCCUUUCGGGAGCGGGCGACAGCAUUCCGGAGGAGAUGACCAGCUCGGCGUUUCUGGUGAACCAAAAGACCAACGUCAACAUCCUGAACAAACGGGAAAAGUUGAAAACGAUUCGUGAGAAAAACGCCGAACGGCUGAUCAAACAGGGCCACCGGUGGGAACGUGAGCGACUGCAGAUGGAGGACCAGAGCCGCGAUCGGGAAAUCGAGCAGCGCACGAAGCGCGAAGCGUUGCUGGAACAGGAAAAGCUGUACAUGAUCGAGGAAAACGAUCGCUCGUUGAAUCUGCUGCGCAUGAAGACGAAGAAGGGUCCGUGCCGGGACAUGAACCUGCGGUCGCUGCUGAUGCAGCAACGGGAGGAACUGGGGCGCACCAUUCAGAAGCGGGACUUUGACGUGGCGGACGAGCGUUGUGGCCCCGGUACGGAGGUCGAGGGCAGCAAGGCAGAGCGACGUCGGAACCGGCGCAACCAGAGGCAGCACCAGAUGCAGCGUCAGCACGAGGUGAACGAGUUCCAGGAAUCGUCGUCUCCCGAGGAGGGCUACAUUUCGAUGAACCAGCCGGACUCACCGGAAGAUCUGGAAACUUCACUGGCGGCCAAGGGAGAGAAGGGAAGCAAGGAUUCGGGCGAUGAGUCGGAAGCGGACCAGGAUUCGGAUAAUGCGCCCGCCGCAGGGGAAGAACCGCCGGAUGGUCCAGCCGAAGUGGAUCCCGAGGCGGACGCGGUCAAGGAGGAACUGUUGGCGCUUGAACAACAGCAGGAACUGCUGGAGGCCGAAGCGGAGGCCGCCGAAGAGGCACGAUUGCGCGAGGAGCUGGACAAGACGCUGAUGGAAAAGAAAAAGGCCCGCCAGGUGCGGAACGAAGAUCCGAAGAUAACGAAGCUGAAGGAAGCGGACACUGUUGCGGACAUUUACAACGUGGCGGACGAAAUAAUCGUGCUGGAAAAGAAGAAAACCAAGAAAGGAUUUGGCAAGUGA